UAUCAAGCAUUCUAGGAGACGGAUAUCCAACUGCUUGCUGUCAUUAAAUGUCUCUUUCACAUCAAGGACCUUAUCGCUCUAUAAGUAAACGCAGUCAACGUUCUUACAAAAAAAAAUAAAAAUAAAAAACAAAGCAACGCAGUGUAUAAAGAUUCAGAAUAUCUGAAAAUCCCACAUUCUCAAUCUCAAUUUCUGCGACCCUUUAAUUCUCAAGCCUUCUAGGAGAGAGACAUCUCGCUGGAAGAUAUCAGAUUUGAGUGAAGUUAAUAACCGCACCAAUGUCCACAGGUUAACUGGUGAAAGUCCAAGUUUCCGGUAUUUAAUUUCUUGAAGUACCUGCAAAGACAUGCACAGAAGAUAAAACAGAGGCAUAGACUCAGUGCACAUGAUAAAUUUACAGCAGCCUGGCAAACUAAUGGAAGUUUGAAGUGUUGACUCUGUACAGCCUGAAACAUCACCAUUUCAAUAGAUCUUCUCAUCACUGUGUUCCUUCGUUAUUGUCUAUUACUGGAUAUGGCAAGCUUCAUAUUGGUCUUGCUGCUUACUAUACUCUGCACUGUUCCUGUCCAUGGAAGUAAGCAACUGAGGUUCAAUAAGAAUGGGGAAUUUCGGAUUCUGCAAGUGGCUGACAUGCACUAUGCUAAUGGUAAAACUACUCCUUGUCUGGAUGUACUGCCCCAGCAGGUUGCCUCCUGCUCUGAUACAAAUACCACAGCUUUUAUUCGACGACUUAUUUUUGCAGAGAAGCCUGACCUUAUUGUUUUCACUGGGGACAAUAUAUUUGGCUUUGAUACUACUGAUCCUGUGAAAUCUAUGAAUGCUGCUUUUUCCCCUGCAAUAUCAUCCAACAUCCCAUGGGCAGCAGUGAUUGGAAACCAUGACCAAGAGUCUACACUUUCACGGAAAGGUGUCAUGAAAUAUAUCGUUGGCAUGAAGAACACUCUAUCACAGUUAAAUCCUCCUGAAGCUCUUGGUAUUAAUGGUUUUGGGAAUUACAACCUGGAAGUCCACGGGAUUGAAAAUUCUAGAUUGGUGAAUAAGUCACUACUAAAUCUCUACUUCCUUGACAGUGGUGACUAUUCCAAAGUUCCUUCUAUCCCUGGCUAUGACUGGAUCAAACCUUCUCAGCAGCUUUGGUUUCAACAAACUUCUACCAAGCUUCAGAGAGCUUACAUGAAUGAACCAGAGGCUCAAAAAUCUCCUGCACCAGGGCUUGUAUACUUUCACAUUCCAUUGCCUGAAUAUGCAAGCUUUGAUUCAUCAAACUUCACUGGUGUGAAACAGGAAGGUAUCAGCUCUGCAUCUAUCAACUCUGGCUUCUUUGCAACCAUGGUAGAAGCUGGGGAUGUGAAGGCAGUUUUCACAGGGCAUGAUCACCUUAAUGACUUCUGUGGUGAUUUAAGUGGUUUACAUCUUUGUUAUGCUGGAGGGUUUGGAUAUCAUGCUUAUGGCAAGGCUGGAUGGUCAAGGAGAACAAGAAUGGUGGUGGCAUCUCUUGAGAAAACAGAUGAGGGAGUUUGGGGAACUUUGAAGUCUAUCAAAACAUGGAAGCGGCUUGAUGAUGAGCACCUCACUGCAAUUGAUGCUCAAGUGCUUUGGAGCAAAAUGGGUGCUCGUAGAAAGAAGCACAUUGGACACUUUUGAGAUCAUGAAAUGGUAGUAUUCAAGAAGUCUAUGCAGUUAUACUGAAUGAGUAUGGUGUAUUGUUGUUAGCUAUUUAGGUUUAGAUUGUUUAAAAUAGAUGAAGAGAAUCAUAUGAAGGCCUUCUUUAAUCUUUUCUCCCGUGGAGAGUUAGUACCCACUAUAUUAGUAAAGAAGUUUGGACGAGCAUCAAUAUGUUUUUUGAAAUUUACCAGAUGGCAUGUAUGGCUAAAGUAAUUAUAAUGAGUAAAUCAUAGUUAAUAGUUUAUUCUAUUUUGGACCCA